GCUACUGGAAACCAGAGCCUAUGACAGCUGAAUCAAAGAGUGGGAAUAGAAAUGAGCGAGAGAUAGAUAGAGACAUGAGAGAGAGAGAGAGAGAGAGAGAGAGAGAGAGAGAGAGAGUUGGAUGCAGGGGGCUUAGAGUUAUGGAGUGGGCGUUGUAUGUCUACAAAUAGCAGAUCUCCUGUCCAACAGCCCCUCAUUCAGUCAUCAACCUCCAACAGCAACCCAGUUCCUCCAGCCAGACCCUCGGACAACAUCCACCAUGAGCAAGUCCUUCUCCUCCCAGUCCGCCCAGUCAGCCUCUUCCUACCGCCGGACCUUUGGUUCUGGUAUUGGAUCCACCCCAGGCAUGUCCUCCAUGUUCUCCCACGGUGGACGCGGCUCCUCCGGCUCGGCCCACAUGUCCUCCAGAGUCUACGAGAUGACCAAAAGCUCCGCCCGCCCCAGCUACUCCUCCGGCAGCAUUCGUUCCUCCUCCGGCGGCGCGAUGCGCUCGUACGCCGGGAUGGGCGAGAAGCUGGACUUCAACCUGGCCGACGCCACUAACCGCGACUUCCUGGACACCCGAACCAAUGAGAAGGCAGAGUUGCAGCACCUGAACGACCGGUUCGCCAGCUACAUCGAGAAGGUCCGUUUUCUAGAGCAGCAGAACGCUACCCUGGUGGUGGAGAUCGAGAGGAUGAGGGGUCACGAGCCGACCCGCGUGGCCGAGAUGUACGAGGAGGAGAUGAGAGAGCUGAGGCGUCAGGUGGACGGCAUGUCCAAUGACCGAGCCCGCAUGGAGGUGGAGAGAGACAACCUGGCAGACGACCUGCAGAAACUCAAACUCAGACUGCAGGAGGAGAUCCACCAGAGGGAAGAGGCAGAGAACAACCUGUCUGCCUUCAGAGCUGACGUGGACUCUGCCACGCUGGCCAGGCUGGACCUGGAGAGACGCAUUGAAAGCCUGCAGGAGGAGAUCACCUUCCUCAAGAAGAUCCACGAGGAGGAGAUCCAUGAGCUGACGAGCCAGAUGCAGGAGACCUCGGUGCAGGUCCAGAUGGACAUGUCCAAACCAGACCUGACCGUUGCCCUCAGGGACAUCCGUAUGCAGUACGAGGGCAUCGCAGCCAAGAACAUCUCCGAGGCAGAGGACUGGUACAAGUCCAAGGUGUCAGACCUGAACCAGGCUGUGAACAAGAACAACGAUGCUCUGAGACAGGCCAAACAGGAGAGCAUGGAGUUCAGGCAUCAGAUCCAGUCCUACACCUGUGAGAUCGACUCUCUCAAGGGAACCAACGAGUCUCUGCUGAGGCAGAUGAGGGAGAUGGAGGAUCGUCUGGGAAACGAGGCUGGAGGUUACCAGGACUCCGUCACCCGUCUGGAGGCUGAGAUCGCCAAGAUGAAGGAUGAGAUGGCUCGUCACCUCAGAGAGUACCAGGACCUCCUCAAUGUCAAGAUGGCCCUGGAUAUAGAGAUCGCUACCUACAGGAAGCUACUGGAGGGAGAGGAGAGCCGAAUCACUGUAUCUGGCUCCCAGUCUUCUCACUCUGGCUCCCACUCUGCUGCCUCAUUAUAUUCCACUGUUGGAUUCAGAGAGAGCAGCCCAGACGUCGGACGAUCAGCAGAGGUCCACUCCAAGAAGACUGUCCUGAUCAAGACCAUCGAGACCCGCGAUGGAGAGGUGGUCAGUGAAUCUACACAGCACCAGCAGGACAUCAUGUAAACAACAACAACAACAGCAACAACAAGCUUAAAUUAGGGAGAAAACAAAUGGGAUGUUUACAUACAAAGAUACGAGGGGUUCUCUAGCUGCCGUUCCUAAGGCAAAGCCUCGUUUUAAAAAAAGGUAUCUUUUUUUGAGAGGGAGUGAAUUAUGAACACCUUACGAAGUGUUAUAACCACCUUAUGAAGGGUUAUAUCCUUCAUAGGAAUGUUUAUAACUCAUGAACUCCAACUAAUCAGAUGUUAUAUGACCCAUCUCCGAAGCAGAAGAACAUAAGAAGAAAGACAAUGUUAAGUUACAGUAAUCAGAAGGUGGGAACAAGGUGGAGUGAAAGUCAAGUCAGGCCCUGGCCAGAACAGAACAUGCAUGGCUAGAAGGGAUCUCCAGAAGGUCAAGAGAUGGAUCUCUGUAGUGCACGUCUGUGUGUGAGUGGGUCUCUUUGCUUCACAAUAGUUUCACAGUGGCAAAUGAUUUGAAAUAAAGAUAUACUGUAUCUUCAAAAGAGAAUACAA